AGAAGCGCGCGUCGCUAAAUGUCGGUAAAAUAAACCCGGCAUAUCGGUGGAAAGAGGAUAUCGCGUGUUGUGCAUACGUCGUUCUCUUUUGUUCAUUUUAAGAGUGAGAAGGAAGGAAGAAAAAAAGGAAAGAAAGAAAAAAAGAAGGAAGGAAGGAAGGAAGGAAGGAAGGAAGGAAGGAAGAAAGGAAAGAAAGAAAGGAAAGGAAAGAAAAGGAAGGAAAGAAAAGGAAAGGAAAGGAAAGGAAAGGAAGGAAAGAAAGAAAGAAAGGAAAGGAAAGGAAAGGAAAAGAAGAAAGAACAGAAAAAAGAAAAAAGAACGUUUGCUGGACGGUAGAGCGGAUUCUUCGUAGAAAGCCAAGAAAAUAUUCUUGCAUUCUCGUGUCAGUUUAAAUGAACGAGUCGAAUCGAUCGAUUCAACAAGAGAGUACCGCGCCCCGUGAGAGACAUACAUCUGUCCUUCAUCAUCUUUCUCUCUCUCUUUCUCUUUUUUAACCUUCCCCUCUUCUCUCUCUCUCUCUCCCUCUCUCUCUCUCUCUCGUUCUCUCUCCUCUUUCACACACAUGCACACACAUAUAUAAAUCCCAUCCAAAGCUACCAGUCAGAUCCUAGCCUUUAAAAAGCUUCGGUCGUGUCGUCGUCCGGCUCACCGGCGUCGAUCGCUUUAUUUUUUUGCUCCUCUUUUCCAUUUUUUUUCUCUUUUUAUUUCUUUCAUUCAACAACGAGGCUAAACGAAAAGGUUUCUAAAAGAAGAGAAAAUCAGCACGUUCGAUCGUGAUAAGUUUCAUUACAAAUUAUCGAAAAAUGUCGACCGCAUUGCUAGCCGUCUUCGCCGUAAUCCUUUGCAUUCUCUUCAGAUUGCUCAACGUAAACAGUGCGCCUCAAAAGCCACUUCUUAUCUGCCAAGAUCCUAACUUUCUGUCUACUCUUUUGAAAAUCGCACCGGUUAUCACCGAACCAUACAAACCUACAAGACUAUGGGGGUUCAGCGGUCAUGUGCAAACAGUGGUCCACAGUAUCAUUGGUCGUGUACGAUGUCCUUGGCCAAUAGGAGAACGCGUAUACAUCGGUCUAUCCGACGAUACAACUCUCACUUAUGAUCUUUAUCAACCAUUGACUAAUGGCCAUGAAGACGAUAUCACGAUAGCUAUCUGUCCGGGCAUCGGAAACACUUCUGAAAGUGUCUACAUCAGGACAUUCGUUCACCUUGUUCAGUGUCACGGUUAUCGAUGCGCCGUACUUAAUCACGUCGGAGCUCUUUCUAGUGUCAAGGUCACAGCGCCAAGGAUAUUUACUUAUGGUCAUACUGAUGAUUAUCACAUGAUGCUACAAAAUUUGAUCGAACAACAUCCAAACACGAGAAUUGUUUGUAUAGGAUUUAGUUUAGGCGGUAAUUUAGUCACCAAAUAUUUAGGAGAACGUGGCCUGAAUAAAUUAUCUAAUAUUAUAGGCGGUAUAUCCAUUUGUCAAGGUUACAAUGCGCUCGAAGGUACAAAGUUCUUAUUAAACUGGCAAAACUUCAGGCGCUUUUAUCUCUAUGUAAUGACAGAAUCCGUUAAAAAUAUAAUACUGAAACACAAACAUGUACUCCUUUCGGAAGAAGUAAAACAAAGAUAUUCGCUUAACGAGCGAGACAUUAUUUCUGCUGCUACGUUACCCGAACUCGAUGAAGCCUAUACGAGAAGGGUACAUCAAUUUAGGUCCGUGCAAGAAAUGUACAAAUGGUCCAGUUCCAUAAACUAUCUUGACAACAUCUAUACACCAAUGGUGUUUAUUAAUUCUGUAGAUGAUCCUAUUGUACCGGAUUCUUUAUUAAAGCCUAUAAAAGAAUAUGCUGCAACUCAUCCAAACACCUUGUACGUUGAAUUAUCACACGGAGGUCAUUUAGGUUUCUACGAAGGUGGUCUUCUUUAUCCAAAUCCCAUAACAUGGCUGGAUCGUACUUUAGUUUCACUCGUAGGAUCACUCACGUUAGCACACGCGGAUAAGGCUUUGAAAACCUCUUAACGACAUUAUAUUUCUACAUAUAUAUUAAUAAUAAUAAUAAUAAUAAUAAUAGUAAUAAUAAUAAUAAUAAUAAUAAUAAUAAUAGUAAUAAUAAUUUCUUCGCGCGCGCGAGUAUACUGUACGACGUCAGUUUGUGCAUUUACGAUCUUAUUAUAAUAACAGUCUUGUUACACGAUUGUA